AUGAAAAAUACAACUAUAAGUUCAGGUGAAAUUAUUGAUAUUUGGACAUGUGUUACAUCAAAGUUCAAAAAACUUACAAUUCCAAAAGAAAUAAUUGAAUUUGUGAAAGAAAAUAAAAAGGGUUUUCAACGAGAUAGUCUAGAAGAAAUUGAAAGGAUAGAUGUAGAGUCAAAGGCCUCAAAAUUAAGACAAGGAUGCAGCCGAUAUCCAGACUAUAAAUUAAAUGAUAAAAAUGGAGUGCGCACAGGUAUAUUUGGUGAGGUAACAAGUCCCAAGCGUCAAAAUGAUGAACUAAAAAUAUAUUGGGAUGUCUAUCUAGGGGCUAUACAUGCAAAAGAUGCAAUAGACCAAGAUAUAAAGAAGAACAAAAUAUGCCCAGAUGAAGCCAAACGAAUUGUUAGUUUUAUCGUCGGAUUUAAAAUUAAAGUAUGCAUCUUAGAUCUAUUGUCUCCAGGAAUAUAUAUUCUAGCAGAAGUGGAAUCAUUAAGUAUUCCAAAAACUGAUAAUGCGGUGGAUAUAUUAAGUGAUUGA